AUGGUUAAGGAGGAGCCGCAUGAGGACAUCUCACUUCCUUCCUUCCAGUCGCGACUGACGGAGUGGGCUGAACAGUGCCUUAGGUUUCAAGCCUCGGGCGAGACAUGGGUGCCCACGAAGCCAUGCUGCCCUGCAAACCCCUUUUUGGAUCUGGAAGCUUGUCGCUGGCAAGGCUUGAAGCAGGGCCAGGCGAAAGCAUGUGUACAACUCCUGAGCCUAGAGGAGCUGUGUGAGUUGCAUCGUUUCUUCCUCGAGAAUCCGCAUUACGAGCCUUUUCAGAGGCAGCCCAGCUCGGCCUCGAAUCCACAGCCCAAUCUGAUCUGCAUGCAGAUGCGGCCCUGGAUGCGGGGCCCGGAGCCUACCGAAGAGGCGGAGGACGACCGGCCCGGAUCCCUGGAGGUCUUACCCGGAUCCCUGGGCUCCGUCGAGACCUGCGAGAAGCCUUCCGAGGUCGAGCCGAGAGCCAGGGGCCAAAGCAAGGCGAAGUUGAGGGUCAACAAGGCAAAGGCAAAGGCCAAGGCCAUGAAGCUCCAGCUCAAGCCGAAAGCCCCUGCAAAACGUUUCAGCUCUGCGGUGAGGGGCGUAUACUUUUUUUGA